AUGAACGAUGGUGAUAAGAGGCUUAUCGUUGAGUGGGCCGUCAAGUCGAGCCCCACUUUGGCAAAAUCCGCGCGGCGCAGACGAGCAUCCCAGUGCAAAUCGACAGGACUUCAUCGCCGUCCGCAACUGACUGUUGCUCACAGCCACCUCAACCCCCCUUCUGCAAGAGUCUCUGACGGCUCGGACGUCUGGUGGCAGCGAGAUGGUGUCUGCCGGCAACGUAAAAGCCAAGUGCGGAUGAAGACGCCAUUUCUGGACACCUUGCCUGUGUUUCUCAGGACCUGCCUGAUUAUGUUUUGCUUGGGUCGAGCUAUAGACUCUUAUAUAUCGAAGGGGGGUCCUUGGCCUGACAAAUGCAAAGCCGGGGCGAGUGCAAAGUACGAGUCAAGCCUCAGCCUCGAUAUGGGGAUUUGGGCUCUUGCACCAGGCGCUUCUCACCAACGUCGACAUCGAGCCACCAUUCGUCUGGUCUUGAGCCGCGCAUGGCAUGACAGGCCCUUUCCAUAUCCAUGCCACCAGAUACCGCAAUCUCAGUCGCACGCACCAACCAUGUCUCGGUGCUGGUCAAGUACCCUACCCUCUUUUCCAAGUAUUGCGAGAACUUGGCCUCCAUGCCAUGUGCUUAACACAACCCCGAGAGCUCUAGAUCAACGUUCUUACAGGCCUAUUCAGCUAUUCACCGUCCACGGAGGACCAGUGGAAAGACGAAAAUUGCAUCUGGCGGAGCCUUCAAUCGCUUUCGUCCCCAAGCAUGCAUUGUCAGGCGCAUGUGAAGCAUCACAAACACUUUUUAUGUCAUGA